UUUAAUGAUUUCGAAUAGCUUAAACUAAUAUUUCUUUAUAACUAUCAUGUUUUUCAAUUACAUUGCUAUAAGCGACUUUUAUCUAAAAUUAGGUGUCACGUGAUAUAAAUUAGAAAACAAAAAUAAAGUUUACUGUGAGGAUGGAGAAUUUUAUUACAGCUGAAACUAUUAAAUCUGUUUUGAACUAUGACAGUCUUAUACAAGUUAUGGAACAAGCUUUGACAAAGUUUUCCAGCAGAAAUGUAGUUCAACCAGUACGGUCAGUUGUUCCUGUAGCAAAAGAAGGAGGGUUUCUGGGAUUGAUGCCAUCUUUGUGUGAAGAUGAAGGAAACUUGGGUGUGAAACUUGUCACAUUUUACCCACACAACAUGGAACGACAUGGAGUACAGACUCAUAAUGCUGUUAUCAUCUUGUUUGAAACUAGGACAGGUGUACCCAAAGCAAUAAUGGAUGGUGAAGUGAUCACUGCAAUGAGGACAGCAGCUGUAUCAGCAGUAGCUACAAAGUAUCUUGCACCAGAAGGUACAACAAAGUUAGCUAUAUUAGGUAGUGGUGUACAGGCGAGAUCUCACUUCCAGGCUCUCUCUACUGUCUGCAAAUUCACACAGGUGACAGUUUGGAGUAGAACAUAUUCUAGUGCUGAGAAAUGUGCAGCUGACAUUGGGGGUGUGGCCUGUCGUACAGCAGAGGAAGCUGUGAAAGAUGCAGAUGUCAUCGUCACGGUAACAGCAUCAACAACUCCUAUCCUAGAAAAGUCAUGGGUGAAAUCAAAUGCUCAUGUUAAUGCUGUAGGUGCUUGUAGACCCGACUGGGCAGAGAUUUCUCCAGAUCUAAUGAGGUCUUCUAUAUUAUAUGUUGACAGUAAGGAGGGUGCCUUAAAAGAAAGUGGUGAUGUAAUCAUGUCAAAGGCUGAGAUCUACGGAGAGCUGGGUGAGAUGAUUUUAGGACAGAAAGAAGCACAAAGAAAUAAGCUCACAGUGUUUAAAUCCCUAGGAAUGGCGAUUGAGGACACUAUGGCAGGGCAGCUAGUGUUAGAUACACUUGCAGGAAAAACCUAAGAACAUAUCAACAGACUUUAUAUUGAACUCUUAAAAUUGUAAUCAGACAUUGUAAUAUUUUAAUUUUUUGUGUAUCCAGUGCACUUAAUUAUGAAUUAUGCAAGGUUAUCCCAGGUGAUAUACCCUGCCAAGAAAGGGAGAGGAACAGAUGCUGCUUCCAGAGACCAUAUUUUAUGUUAAUCAUAACUCUGUGAUCUUGUGUUGAAAUUGGGUAGAAUUUACAAGAAUGAUAUAGUGAAGUUGUGCAAGAUUCAUGGAACUACAUCCCUUUGUUUGUUUCCAAUGCCUUGUUCAGAC